GCUCGUUACUGUCACUGGUUGAACUCACUCACGUGUAAGAGCGAGCGACCUGCAGAUCUUGAAGGAAGAGCCGCGGUGCCAAGAAUUGUGAAACCUCGCGGAAUUCGCUUUCGAAGCGAAGUGCAAAUCCAAUCCAAUGCAAUACAAUACAAUACAAUACAUUCCAAAAAUCUUCGAGUUCCUUCUCGUUUCCAGCGAGAGAAAAAAAAUCCCCAAAAUCCAAAAACAACCAUCUGGAACAAACCCAAAAAGUUAAAUCUGACUUUGAGCACAUGGAUUUUAGAAAAUCUAAACCCGGCGAUUCCUUCGCAACCGGGAAGCAGAGGAUGCGGAAAUGGCCGCCGAGAACAAUUGCCUCACACCUGCCGAGGACGACUGACAAGACGAGCGAGCGAGCGAGCUAAAGCUUUGCUGUGCCGUCGAGACGACCGACUUCAUGCACCCUCCGAUCAAACCUCGCCCGAAACAUCAUCCAACACGAGGAAUUGACGAACACACACAAAACACCCACACACCGUCCUCCAUCGCCCCCGCCCUCAUCCACUCGACCCAACGUUCGUUCGUGCCCGAGAAUCCCCAACGUCAACCCGCUCGGGAGUUGUGGCUCGGGCCCUCGAUCCUAGGGCUCGUUCGGGCCGAGCCUCGGAACAAUCCGCGCGGAAAGAAAAGCGAAAUCGGGGACAAGGCCGGAGAAGCGAACGAACGAACGCGGGACCAUCGACGAGGAGGAGGAGGAGGAGGAGGAAGAGGCGAGCGGCAGCGGCAGCGGGGGAUUGCCGGUUCUUGGAGACGAGACGGGACGGGAAGAGACGAGACCAUGUUGAGGUCGAUGCCGCUGCCGAUGUCGAUGGCGAUGUCGAUGUCGAAGGCGCUGCGAGUUCGGUGCCGAUUGCGAAUGGCGCCCGCGGGGCCGCAGGGCUGCGCCGCGACCCGGUGCGCGACGUCGUCCUCGUCGUCGCAGUCGUCGCAGUCGUCGCAGUCGUAUCAGGGGCACGUGGCCGUGUCGUCGGAGGAUGAGAGCGGCGCGAGGUACCAGCACGUGGUGAGGGCGGGAGGGCACACCUUCCGGGGCGACCUUGGCGCGGGCUGGGGCGCGGCGGGGAGCGCCCCGGAGCCCAAGGACUACGCGCUGGGCGCGCUGGCCGUGUGCACGUCCAUGACGGUGCGCCUCUACGCCGACCGGCGCCGCUGGUCGCUGCGCCACGUGCAGGUCACGGUGGUCGAGCAGGGCGGCGGGAUGGGCCUGCUGCCCGACGGGCUGCGUAUGCUCCUGCGCCUCGACGGCGAUCUGACCGACGCCCAGAGGUCUGCGCUCGUCGAGGUCUCGAAGAAAUGCCCCAUCAAGCAAAUGUUCCUCGGCAAAAUGCCCCACGGCGUGCACGUCGAGUUAGAUCCUGCUGCCGAGCAGGUCCUGGAUCCCUGAUCAGAGCUCACGACGAACACUUGUACCGAUCCGUUUAAAAUCACUUGGAAAUAUAGUUCUAGCAAAUCCUGACCCGAUCCAUUCAUUAUCAUCAUCAUCAACCACCUUGUGGAGAAUGGAGAUUGUGUGCGUGUGUGGCUGAUGAUUGCUGAUUGCUGAUCUUCGUCUCGGCUCGCUUCAAUUGAAGGCUUGAAUUGAAUUGAAAUGUUGUGUGCUUGAAUUGAAGGCCGUCUUGACCCGGCUCUGAUUUCAUUGGAUGUUCAAUUUGCU